GGUCCAGGGGAUGAUCACGGGGAUCAGAGGUCUGUGUAACGGUCUGGGUCCAGCUCUGUACGGAUUCAUCUUCUUCCUCUUCAACGUGGAGCUCAACACCAUGGACCCGAUCCAGGGAGAGUUCAACAUCGACCCCCUGCCGCUGCACAGCCCCACUGAGCGAGGCCUCAUCCCCGGCCCGCCCUUCCUGUUGGGGGCGUGCACCGUGGUCGUCGCCUUCCUCGUGGCUCUCUUCAUCCCUGAGAAGCCCUCCUGCUCCUCCUCUCCCUCCCAGCUGUCCCUCAGCGACAAGCCCCACCUGGACAGCAAAGAGUCCAUGUCCUCGCUGGCCGGCGUCCACAUCAACACGCCGCUCCCGGGCAGCGACGAGGAGAACCCUCCCGCCGCCAGCGACGAGGACUUUGAGCCGCUGCUUCAGGACAGUAUCGUUUGAUGGACAGGCGGAGGGCUGACACCCAGGUGUGAUUGACAUUUUCUUUGCCGCAGGGUGAGACUAAGUGUACUUUUAUUGAUCGUGAUUGACAGCGAGACGCUCCGGUAGGAUCGUUGCCAGCAGGCGGAGGCAGUAACAUCUCGUCAGUGACCAAUAAGGACGUUUCUUUCACAAGGCGGCGGAGCAAAGAGCUGCAAUUCACCAGAAGAUUACCGUUUAACUGACGGAUAAACGGUGAGGCCGACGGGGACAUCGUUUAACAAAGGGAAACCAUCGUUUGAUUGACAAGACGAGUGACCAACUGCGUUUCUUGUGGAACGGCCAGUUUCGGGAUACGCCCACAUAAAAUCACCCGACAGGAGAGUGAAGUAUUUUUGCGGUUUUAUUGGAAUCGUUCAUCUUUAAGCUUGAAGUUGUUGAUUGUUUUUGUGAUAAACAAAAAAAAAAGGUGUUUUUACCUUCAGCUGUAUCAUUUUGAAGCCGUAUUUUGAUGCUGUGAUUUUUUCUUAUUUGGUUAUUGUACAAAACAAACACGUCUGCAGCGUAUUUACAGCAGCCAAAACAUCCGUGUUGAUUUAUAUUUUUUCUUUUUGGGGGUUAAGGGGUUUUUAUUCUUUUUAAGUGUACAGUAUCUUACCUGCUACGAGCUAACGGUCGCUAACAAGGCACGAAUGUGACGAGCUGAGAAACGAGUCAGACACCUGAAACUCAACAUGACAAAAUAUUUUAUUUUAACGGCCAAGUUUCCUCUUUAAUUUCUCUAAAUUAAUUUCUUAAUAGAAAUGACAGAACACCUCACCGGGUAUCUCGUUACUUGUAAUUUCACCGGUUAUUGUCCCCGUUUGUCACUCUACCUCAGAUGUUUUUAAAUCACGUUUAACCUGGAUUUGUUCGUCCUCUAUCACCUCAGUAUUAUUUUUUAUAUCAGAGUCACUUUAUGAAUGCUGCUGGCUGCUGGAAGCAGAAAACCUCACAGCUGCAACUCAAAGCAGUCCGACCGCCAACGGUGGUGGAACCAUAUCGUUUAUGGUUACAGCCUUACUCUCAUUUUUAUUUUUAAUUUUCAGCUAAAAUUGAUUCUGCAGCCCAAAAUGUCCCCCAUAAAAGUAAGAAAAACACUCAUAAUAAAAGGCCUUAAUUGGUAUUAAAAUGUCUUAAAUCAGUCUUUUAAAAGACUUAAAAAUGCUCCGACAUGGGCGUAUUUUAUGAGUCAUUUUUUUCUGAUGUUGCAUUAUAAAAUCUUAAAUAGUAAGAAAAAAAAAAUGAAUAAUUUAGCUAAUCCUUCCUUUUAAACUCUUUAA